AUGUAGCACACGUUUUCGCAAUUGAAGUAAUCAAAACAAUGUCACCGGAUUAUUCUCAACUAAUCAGCACGUUUGAGAUUCCAAUACAGGAAGGAGUAUUUUCGAGAAGUUAAAGCCAUGUAUUCAUUCGAAAUUAAAGAAAUUCCUGGCAAGGGACGAUCUAUGAUUUCGACAAAAGCGUUCGCUGUUGGUGAAACUAUUUUCGAAGAGGAGCCUUUUGUAUCACGACAGUUUUCUUGGAAUGCUGCUUAUGGAUACAAAGCAUGUGAUCACUGUAUGCGACCAUUAGAAACAGUUGUAGAAAAUGUGCGUCGUUUGGCGAAUAACAAUGUAUUAGUAGUGCCUUUGCCGGAAUAUGAUCCAACAACACCAUGGUUGCAACAAUUUACACAAUGCCCCAAUUGUAAAGUUCAAUACUGUUCCGAGGAUUGUCGUAUGGAGGCUUUAAAUAAGUACCAUCGAGUUGCUUGUAUGGGUGCAUUUCAUACAGACGACACACACCCAAUAAAUGCAUUGAAUGAAAUAUGGAAAAAAAUGCAUUAUCCGCCGGAAACUGGUACAAUUAUGUUAAUUGUUCGUUUAAUGGCCAUGUAUAAACAAAGUCACAGCAAAGAAGACUUUCUCCAGUCUCUUCAAUCCUUCCAAUCCCUAAUAGUAAAUACAGAACAAAAAAUAUAUCACAAAAUGUUGGGUGAACACUUUGAACAACAAAUGGAAGAACUUUUUGUGGCAUUUUGCAGAGCAUUUGCCGACGAGAAAUUAGCUGCUUUCACUAACGCGGAGGCUUUUAAGACAUUAAUGGGUAUGAUUGGCACAAACAGUCAGGGCAUCGCGACGAGUCCGUUGGCGGAAUGGGUAAAAAAAGUGAGCGAUUUACCAAUGCCUGAAGGUGAUAAAUCAAAACUUGACGAAUAUAUUGAUGAUAUUUACAAUAAAGUGGGAGAAUUCGCGGGCGAAUUUCUAAACACUGAAGGUGCAGGACUUUAUCUACUUCAAAGCAAGAUUAACCACAGUUGCGUACCAAACGCUCAUUCGACUUUUCCCUAUUCAAACGACAUAGUUGUGUUGAAAGCGGUGGCACCUAUACAAGUUGGUGAAGAAAUUUGCAUAUCUUACUUGGAUGAGUGCCAGCUGGAGCGCAGCAGACAUUCGAGACAAAAAGUUCUUAAGGAAAACUAUAUUUUUGUAUGUCAAUGCCCCAAAUGUCAAUUACAAGCUACCGACCCCGAUGAAACAAGCGAAGACGAGGACGACGAUGACAUGGAUAUGGACGAUGACGAUGCGAAUAUGUCGGAUUAACAAACUAAUUUGUUUUAUACAUUUCGUUUCUAGGUACAUAUUAUUGUAAGAAUUCAUGUUACAUUAAAAUUGAUCAUAUGUACAUUGAUGUUUGUUCAAAAUUUACAUAAAAGUCUGUUACAUGCGAAUUAAACAGUAAAAUUGCACUACUAAA